AAAUAUCACGGACUUUGAGGGAUCUCCAUGCAUUUUUCUGUUUCCUCUUUUCCCGCGACCGCGGCUGCUCGCCGACCGGUAUCAGACGCGGAAAGAUAUUCGUAGGCGCGAUGGUUUCCCGCCCUCUGUAGUGUACCCCAUCUUUCGCUGGUCAAUCGCCCUCUCCCGCCGUCGCCGAAGCAGCAGGGCGUCUCUCCUUGUGUGAUAGCCUGAUAGGGGUAAUAGCUGCCCCGUCGAUAUUGCGAUUCGCUCGCAGUACGAUUCUAGGGUUAGGUUUAGGGUUCCUGUUCGGCGUCCAUUCUCCGGCGAUGGGGAACAAGGCCAACGAGGAGCAGAUCGCUGUGGUCCGCUCCGUGGUCGGCGCGGACUUCUCGGAGAUGGACGUAAUCCGCGCCCUCCACAUGGCCAACAACGACGCCGCCGCUGCCAUCAACAUCAUCUUCGACACCCCUCACCUCCGCCUCACUACGGCCGCAGCCCUUGCAAGCCCCACGGCCGCCGCCAGGAAGAAAUCCCUCAAAUCCUCCUCACCUCCUGUUCGGCAAACUGCUUCCGGCACCGCCACCUCCAUUGCUAAGGAGGUAGCUCGGAGCGCGGACAUUGAUCGGAAUCUUAGUAAUGUUGGCGCCAAGGGAGAUCUGGAGCCCGCAAGCAGUAGGUUGCCAGAUCGUAGAGAUACUGAUUGGUGGUUUGUCGGGAGCUCUGACAUCGUGGGGCUGUCGACUUGCAAGGGUAGGCGGCUUAAGGUGGGAGACAAGGUGGCCUUUACUUUUCCUUCGGGCAACAACUCCUCCGUCUCCCCUUGCACCGCGAGAUUUCCCGGCCGAGGGCGGCCCAUUGCUCCUUGCUCAAAAAUAGUGAGGUUUUCGACAGAGGAUCACGGAGAGGUUGGCCGCAUACCAAAUGAGUGGGCUCGGUGCCUGCUUCCUCUUGUGAGGGAGAAGAAGAUCAGGAUUGAGGGGUAUUGUAAAUCUUCCCCGGACGUUCUUGCAAUCAUGGAUUCUAUAGUGUUGUCUGUCAGUGUGUACAUCAAUAUUUUGAUGUUACGUAAGCACGCCCAAACAUCAGUGAAGCCUGCUGGGAUUGCUAGCGAGGAGUCUACAAUUCAUCCACUACCAACACUGUUUGGGUUACUUGGGCUCACUCCUUUUAAAAAGGCUGAGCUUACUCCAGAGGACAUUGAGACUAGGAAACGACCCAUGAUAUCUAAGGGUAGCUCCAGAUUGCCGACAACAAAGUUACCUUCUGAGAAAUGUAGAAAGCUAUCUCCUACUGGAAGUAAAGUUCAAAAUGAUCAGGAGAUUAUAUCAGAAUUUGAAUUAGAUAGUAUUAUAGGAAUCACAGAUAGUCCCGAAUUGGAGGAGAUGGAUCCACCUGACACUCUUCGAUGUGAUCUACGCCCUUAUCAAAAACAGGCUCUUCAUUGGAUGAUGCAGCUUGAGAAAGGAAGGUGUAAAGAGGAUGCAAGCAUGACUCUUCACCCCUGUUGGGAUGCAUAUCGCCUUGUGGAUAAGAGAGGGCUUGUUGUUUAUCUAAAUCCAUUUUCAGGGGAUGCCACUACUGAAUUUCCAAAUACUCUUCAGAUUGCAAGAGGCGGGAUUCUGGCAGAUGUGAUGGGACUCGGCAAGACCAUCAUGACUAUAGCUCUUUUGCUUGCUGAAACUGGCAAAGGGUGUUUGUCUACUUCCUCUGCAAGUCAGGUUGCUGACGAAGCUAGCAAAAUCAACGCAUCCGAUCAAUUCGGCAAUGCUUUCAAGAAAUCAACAAGUAUAUCUCGUUUUAGUAAGCUACUGAAACCCAAGACUGCACUUACAGGUGGGGGCAAUUUAAUCGUCUGUCCCAUGACUCUCUUAAGUCAGUGGAAGGAUGAGAUUGAAACACAUGUUUUACCAGGUUCUCUAGGUAUUUACAUUCAUUAUGGGCAAAGCAGGCCAAAAGAUGCAAAACUGCUGGCACAAAGUGAUGUUGUUUUGACAACCUAUGGUGUUUUAGCAUCAGAAUUUUCAGCUGAGAAUGCUGCAGAUAAUGGUGGACUUUACUCAGUUCACUGGUUCAGAGUUGUUCUUGAUGAAGCGCAUACUAUUAAAUCGGCAAAAAGCCAGAUUUCUGUCGCUGCUGCUGCUCUCUCUGCUGAUCGGCGAUGGUGCCUUUCUGGCACACCUAUUCAGAACAACUUGGAGGAUAUAUACAGUCUUCUUCGAUUUUUGAGGAUUGAACCCUGGAGAUACUGGGCGCUGUGGCACAAACUUAUACUAAAGCCCUUCGAGGAAGGUGAUGAACGGGGAUUAUAUCUUGUACAGUCUAUACUAAAACCUAUUAUGUUAAGAAGAACCAAAUCUAGCACAGAUAAGGAGGGCAGGCCCAUAAUCACUCUUCCUCCUGCAAAUGUUGAAGUGCUUUACUGUGACCUAUCAGAAACUGAGAAAGACUUCUAUGAUGCCUUAUUUCGAAGAUCAAAGGUAAAGUUUGAUCAGUUUGUCGAGCAAGGGAGGGUUCUUCACAAUUAUGCAUCAAUUUUGGAGCUGCUUUUACGACUUCGCCAGUGUUGUGAUCAUCCAUUUCUUGUCAUGAGUCGCGGUGAUACACAAGAGUUCUCAGACCUCAGUAAGCUUACAAGACAUUUCCUUAAAGGCGCUAGGGAUUCUAAUGGAGAAGAUUCUGGUGCUGUUCCUUCAAAGGCAUACAUUAAUGAAGUAGUCGAGGAGUUGAAGAAAGGUGAAGAAGGUGAAUGCCCGAUAUGCCUAGAAGCUUUCGAGGAUGCUGUGCUGACACCAUGUGCCCAUCGCUUGUGUAGAGAGUGCCUCCUCACCAGUUGGCGGAGUGCGACAGCUGGCCUUUGCCCUGUUUGUAGAAAACCCAUGAACCGGCAAGAUCUUAUCACUGCUCCUACCAGAAGUCGUUUCCAAAUUGAUAUCAAUAAGAAUUGGGUGCCAUCCUCAAAGGUUUCUUUUCUUCUGCGUGAGUUGGAAAACCUUCGAACUUCAGGGGCCAAAAGCAUUGUCUUUAGCCAGUGGACUGCAUUCUUGGAUCUUCUGGAAAUUCCACUUUCCCGAUGUAGUUUCUCCUUCACCCGACUAGAUGGGACCUUGAAUCAACAGCAAAGGGAGAGAGUUAUCAAAGAAUUUACGGAGGAUAAGAACAUACUGGUACUACUGAUGUCACUGAAGGCCGGUGGUGUUGGAAUAAAUCUUACUGCAGCAUCAAAUGCCUUCGUCAUGGUAUGGUAGUCCAAAAAAACUCGUGCAGAGUCUAGAGAAGAUUAUGCUAAAGUAUCUGUAUGUGUCCAUUGGUUGCUUUUAUUUUGCUCAACUCGGAUAUUAGAGAUCUCUACAGGUUGAAGUUCACAAGAAUUCACAAUAUUUGUAUGCCUUGUUAAUAUCUCCAUUUGAGUUGAUCUAGCAGAAAAUAUUGACGGAAAAAGCUUGUAAGAUGAGUCUGUACUUGACAUUAGUGCUACCUAUGUUCACAAACUUGUAGAUGAGGUCAGCUAGUUAUGCAAUGUUUUUUUUUCCCCUUUAUUCUCCUUACGAAGGAAAGAAGGUUUAAAACAAUUGGUUCCAGCAA